UAAAUGAUAAGACAAGACAAGGAAAGAAUGGUUAAUGGCAAAAUAUUAUUUUUGAACUUAGAAUAUGGAUAUUAUUAAUGUUCUAAAGUUUUGAAUACGUUUCUUGUAAUUCUGGUGCCACAAUGCCUAUAUUAGAAGUACCUAAUUAACAGUUUUGAAUAUGCCUUCUUCGUGUGCAGCUUAUAAUUGUAGUGUUAGAUCAAAAAAAGGGUCGGGCGUGAAAUUUCAUAGGUUUCCGAAAAAUGAAGAGAUAAGACAGAAAUGGGUGACGGCAAUGAGGAGGAAAGACUUCAAUCCUUCUCCCACAACCGUAAUAUGUAGUAAUCACUUCAAAACAGAGGACUAUUAUCUCAAUCCCUAUAGAAAUAAAGUUUUGAAGGAAGGAGCAGUACCAUCGAUUUUUAAUUGCCCCGGUUUAGGUCCUAAGAUAAAAACUACAAAGAAAAAAUUGAUUACAAAUGCCACUGAAAAUACUCCAAACCUAGACUUGACUUCUGCCAAAGGUUCUGGAAUAUUUCAUGUUAAAGAACAACAUGUUGAAAAACAUAAUGUUGAAGAGCAAUGUGUUGAAGAACAACAUGCUAAAGGAAAACAUGUUGAAGAACAACAUAUUGAAGGAAAACAUAUUGAAAAACAAAGUGUUGAAGAACAUGUUGAAAAACAAAAUGUUGAAGAGCAACAUGUUGAAGAACAACAUGUUAAAGGAAAAAAUAUUGAAAAACAAAAUUUUGAAGAACAACAUGUUGAAGAGAAUCAUGUAGAAAAACAAAAUUUUGAAGAGCAACGUAUUGAAGAACAACAUGUUAAAGAGCAAUAUGUUGAAGAAAUACAUGUUGUAGAACAAUAUCAAAUUCCCUCUACUUCUGAAGCAUCCCCUCAUAAUUCAAAUACAAUAAUUCAAAUACAAAAUUUUGAAGAACAACAUGUUGAAGAGAGUCAUGUAGAAAAACAAAAUUUUGAAGAGCAACGUAUUGAAGAACAACAUGUUAAAGAGCAAUAUGUUGAAGAAAUACAUGUUGUAGAGCAAUAUCAAAUUCCCUCUACUUCUGAAGCAUCCCCUCAUAAUUCAAAUAUUAUCAUCACUAUUAGACAUGAAUCAACACCUCCUCCCAAAUUUGGGACAAAUGUUAGAAAAAGAAAGAGAUUUCCUAUACAUGUGGGAGAUUUCGAAGAAUCGGAUCUUGAAUGCCCAGUAAAACGGCAACAAUACUGGAAUGUUUCCCAGGCAGUCAUACAGAAAUACAGAAAGGUAAACAAUUAUCUUCACUGCAAACUAUCCAGGAGUAAUAAAAAAAUAAAUAAUCUCCAUGAUCUUUUUCUAAAGAUUCUGUGAUAAAAGGAAAAUUAAUAAACCAUUGUAUAAAA